UUUAGUUUGAACGGAAGUGAACAUUGACCAUGAACAAUUUCCACGUUAGCGUUUUUUGGUUUGGUCUUUCGACGUUUAUUGAAACCAAGUAACUCCACAUAUGACUAAUUUACCGGCACAGCAUCACAUACUUUUCCCAGGUAGUGUUUAGAUCGUGUUGGAGACAGGACUUGGUUGAUAGAUGUUAUCUUGGUAACGCUAUCUAGCUGCUAACAAUGGCUAACUGUAUGGUUUUUCACACUCAAAUAACUUCCAUCAUGGAGGUGCUAGCGAAUGCAGCCGUGGCAGAGAUCUGUAAACUCGUAGACGACGACUAUGCAGUGUUUCGUUUGGAGAUGUCUCAAAGCCAGAAAGACAACACGGCAUUGCGGAGGAAACUACAGCUACUGGAACUGAAGGUGGCACGGGAGCGCGCAGAGAGGACAAUGCGAGAGCGCGUCCACGGCAGUCGUACCAGUAGUGUCAAGAUCCUCGACCGAAACAGAGGACUGGCAAGAGGACAUCUCACUGGAGGCCACAGCAGUUUUGUUAAGCCAGCGGGACGCAAUAGAUGGAGAGAUGACCAGCCAAUCACUGUUGAUGAUGGGAGUGGAACCUCAACCCAGCAUGUUAUCGUGAUAGAGGUUAGGGUAAUAGUGUUGCAUAAAAAGAUUCCAGUUAUUUGUAAAUCAAAUGUGGCUCGUUUAUUUCAGAAAGGUUUCCAUCAGCUAUUCACUUGCUUACAUCUACAUCCUAAUUUAUCUGCCAUAAGGGAGCUUGUGAGACCUCCCUGCAACAUUGUUAUCCAAUUAAACUCAUGUGCCGGUAAUAACCUCCUCUCUUCUUGUCAGUCUGCAGAUGCAGAGGCUGCAGGUCCUAGAGUCAAGCUGGAGAAGGCUGAAGGAGAGGAGGCCCUACGGCACAGCAGAAACAUUCAGACUGGCGCGGUUGGAGUGUUCCCUAUAGCUACGGAGGACUCCACCACUGCCCCAGCACCGCCUAGGACCCAACGCAUCAUCACGGAGGUCAGUGGAAUGCCGAACGCCGUCCUCAAGUCAGAGACAGACAAGGAGACUUUAACUGUAACACACAGGCUCUUACAUACAGGAUCUGACCACGGAUCAGACUCAGAGAGGCUGGGGCCACUGGGCUGUCCUCCUGCUCCUGGCCCAGAGUACUUUCCGGUAUUUCACCAGAGCCAGGUUCAUUCCCGUGGAGAUGGUGAUGGUGACACGUUAGACACUGGUGAUGAUGAUCCGUCUUGUUCUUACUCUACAGAGAUGGACCCUGGCAACAUGCUCUUGUCUUUAGAGACACAGACUGAUCUGUCUAGUGGGGACUGGAACCGGUAUAGUAGUAGUGUUUACUCUGAAGGGUGCCUAGAUAAGAAAAGGGAGGUUAUAGUUGUAGAUGAAGUGGAUGGAGAUGUUCCUCUGACAUGGAAUGCAGACCAGACUCACUUAGGAGAAGGACACUCACAAGGCAGAGAUUUCAUAGAUUAUAAGGAAAGCUUAGAGACUAAUCAAAAUGUCGCAACCCACUCCCCUUUACACGCGUUCAGGGAUCGCGACACAGUGUCCACAUCAAUGGGGUCGUCGGAUUCCCACAGCCGCGUCCUUUUCGAUCAGCUAUUGAAUUCAAAGGACCAAAGGGCCAUGACUCAGGGAGGAGGAGCAACAUCAGAUAAUAGUAAAGAGAAACGGUUCCUCUGCAUGUUCUGUAACAAAGGCUUCAGCUGCCUCCAGAAGGUGGAAAUCCACCAGAGGGUCCACACAGGGGUGAAACCCUUCAGCUGUACCCAGUGUCACAUGCGCUUUGCCCAGGCUGGAAACCUAAAGAUCCACCAGAGGGUCCACACAGGGGUGAAACCCUUCAGCUGUACCCAGUGUAAUAUGCACUUCUCUCAUUCGUCAAGCCUGAAGAGGCACCAAAGGAUCCACGCAGGAGAGAAAUCCUUCAGCUGCCCCCCAGUGUGAAAAUGCGUUUUCCACACCAGAACCAGCUGAAGAAGCACCUGAAGGUCCACACGUGAGAAAGGCUGUUCGCGUGUACGCACUGCGGGAAGAGGUUCAGAGAGGAGCUACCUCAGUAUACACCAACUGAAAAACCAUUCCACUCUAUACCUCAAACCCUACAUUAAAGUCAAAUUUAAUUUAAUUGUCAGCGGAAAGGUCCACAGAUGCCUUUGUAAUAACAAAAGUAACACAUUUCAGUGUUGAAUAUUCCUGGGUAGAAUAUUGCAUUCAGCCAUUGUGUGAUAUAUAUGGCAUAUGUAAACAUAUACAGUACCAGUCAAAAGUUUGGACACACCAACUCAUUCAAGGUUUUUUAUUUAUCUUUAUUAUUCUCUACAUUAUUCGAAUAAUAGUGAAGACAUCAAAACUAUGAAAUAACACAUGGAAUCAUGUAGUAACCAGAAAAGUGUUAAACAAAUCGAACCAUAUGAGAUUCUUCAAAGUAGCCACCCUUUGCCUUGACAGCUUUGCACACUCUUGGCAUUCUCUCCACCAGCUUCAUGAGGAAUGCUUUUCCAACAGUCUUGAAGGAGUUCCCACAUAUGCUGAGCACUUGUUGGCUGUUAUUCCUUCACUCUGCAGUCCAACUCAUCCCGAACCAUCUCAAUUGGGUUGAGGUUGGGUGAUUGUGGAGGCCAGGUCAUCUGACACAGCACUCAUCACUCUCAGUCUUGGUCAAAUAGCCCUUACACAGCCUGGAGGUGUGUUUUGGGUCAUUGUCCUGUUGAAAAAUAAAUGAUAGUCCCACCAAGCCCAAACUAGAUGGGAUGGCAUAUCGCUGCACAAUGCUGUGGUAGCCAUGCUGGUCUUAACCAAGAAUGUGCCUAGAAUUCUAAAUAAAUCAUUGACAGUGUCACCAGCAAAGCACCAUCACACCACCACCUCCAUGCUUCACGGUGGGAACCACACAUGCGGAGAUCAUCCGUUCACCUACUCUGCGUCUCACAAAGACACGGCAGUUGGAACCAAAAAUCUCAAAUUUGGACUCGGACCAAAGGACAGAUUUACACCGGUCUAAUGUCCAUUGCUUGUGUUUCUUCUUGUUAUUGGUGUCCUUUAGUAGUGGUUUCUUUGUAGCAAUUCGACCAGGAAGGCCUGAUUCAUGCAGUCUCCUCUGAACAGUUGUUGAGAUGUAUCUGUUACUUGAACUCUGAAGCAUUUAUUUGGGCUACAAUCUGAGGUGCAGUUAACUCUAAUGAAUUUAUCAUCUGCAGCAGAGGUAACUCUGGGUCUUCCUUUCUUGUGGCGGUCCUCAUGAGCCAGUUUCAUCAUAGUACUUGAUGGUUUUUGCGACUGCACUUGAAAAACUUUCUUGGUAUUUUCCAGCACUUGAAGAAAAAGUUAUUGAAAUUUUCCAGGUUUACUAAUCUUCGUCUUUCAAGUAAUGAUGGACUGUCAUUUCUCUUUGCUUAUUUGAGCUGUUCUUGCCAUAAUAUGGACUUGUUUUUUUUACCAAAUAUACCCUCCACAACUUGUCACAACACAACUGAUUGGUUUAACGUAUUAAAGAAAGAAAUUCCACAAAUUAACUUUUUAAGAAGGCACACCUGUUAAUUGAAAUGCAUUCCAGGUGACUACCUCAUGAAGCUUGUUGAGAGAAUGCCAAGAGUGUGCAAAGCUGUCAUCAAGGCAAAGGACAAGACGUGGCAGAACAAGGUGGUCAGGUUGGGAUGUAGGGUUUGAGCAGUUCCCCGUGCUGCUCCGUAGGUAAGCACCAUAGUCUUAGUGGAUGCGAGUUUCGACUGGAUGCCACUGGAGGAGCGGGGUGACAUGGGAGAACUUUGGAAGGUUGAACACAGGCAGGCUACAGUGUUCUGGAUAAGUUGCAGGGGUUUGAUGGCACAAGCAGGGAGCCCAGCCAACAGAGUUGCAGUAGUCUAGACGGGAGAUGACGAGCCUGGAUUAGGAACUGCGCCGUGUGAGUAAGGGUUGUACUCUACGGAUGUUGUAGAGCAUGAACCUGCAGGAGCGAGUCACUGCUUUGCAGAGAAUGACAGGGUGUUGUCCAUGGUCACGCCAAGGUUCUUUGCACAGGACACUAUGGUGUUGUCAACCGUGAUGGAGAGGUCUUGGAGCGAGCAGGCCUUCCCUGGGAGGAAGAGCAGCUCCUUGUUGUGCUUGAGGUGUUGGGCCGACAUUAACCUGAGAUGUCUGCCAGGCACGCAGAGAGACGUGUAUUUGUAGUUUUAAUAUUGUGUAUUUAACACUUAUGUUUAAUAAAGACAAAAUGGGACUUUU